AUGCAUCUCCCCUCCCUCAUCCUCCCCUCCCUCUCCUCCAGCAGCGCCGCCGCCGCCGCAGCCCGCCUCCACGUGCCUCCCCCCGCCCCCCCCUUCCCCUCCCGCGCAGUCCGCUCCCCCACCACAACCCAAUGCACAACCCCCGCCCUCACCACCACCACCACCAUCAACCGCGGCAACGAAGGGAUCUGGGUGAUCCGCCCGGACGCCACGGACCUGCACGAGCUCUACCGCCUGCGCCAGACGGACUGGCUGUCGAACGACCUGCCCAGGGUCCUCGACGCGUGCGGCGCGGCGUGCCUCGCCGGCAACGACACCGCGCUGCCGGGCGCCUGGCUGCCGACCACAGCGUACUUCCAGGGCGCGUUCGUCAACACCCCCGGGGGCGACCCGCCGAACCACAUCCUCUGGCAGUGCGCGUGCUACGAUCGGGCCGUCACGGAGGACGACCUGGUGCCGGGCGCGGGCGUGUGGAAUAAUGCGAACCCGGGCAGUGGGACCAUCAUCAACCGGAAAUGUUGA